UCCACUGGCCAUUUGGAGAUAUCCCAAAAUUGUAGUUCAUAGGUCAUACUAGAAAAUAAAAAUGGGAAGAACACCUUGUUGUGAGAAAAUAGGUCUCAAGAGAGGGAGGUGGACUGCAGAAGAAGAUGGAAUUCUCACUAACUAUAUUCAUGCUAAUGGUGAAGGAUCUUGGAGGUCAUUACCCCAAAAUGCUGGGUUAUUAAGAUGCGGAAAGAGUUGUAGACUGAGAUGGAUUAAUUAUUUGAAGACUGAUUUAAAGAGAGGUAACAUAACUUCUGAUGAGGAAGCUAUAAUCAUCAAGUUGCGCGCAACUUUUGGUAACAGGUGGUCUCUAAUAUCAGAACAUUUACCAGGUAGAACAGACAAUGAGAUAAAAAAUUAUUGGAAUUCUCAUUUGAGCAGGAAAGUAGAAAGCUUAAGGAUUCCAAGUGAUGAAAAGCUGCCACAAGCUGUAGUAGAACUAGCCAAAAAAGGAAAACAAAAACAAUUUAUCAAACAAAGAUGCAAAAGAAAAACCAAUGCUAGCGUUUUGAAUUCCACAAGUGAAACUGCAGUUCCUAUUACGCCAAGGCUAAAUAUUGAGAAAGAAACCCCAAACACUAUAGGAAACGGCCAUAAUAAUGCCAUGGAAUUAGAUCGUAACGAUCAUCAGAUGUUGUGGCAUGACGAUAUUGUCCUAAUGGACGAUAAGGAUGCAGAGAUAGACGAAGAUUUCAUUUUCAAUUGUUUAUGGAACGACGAAGGAGAAAAUCUUGAAUUAGUCGAGAAAAACAACAACAAUAAUAAUGAAAUAUUUGGUGAGGACAGCUAUGGUACUCUUAAUUGUUGGGAUUGGGAAUAUUUAGGUGAAAUAUUGAAUAAUGAAACAUUGGCAAGUACACAAGAAGCAGGGCAAGAGAAUAACGAUAUGUCAAGUGUUUCAAUAUUUGACAUGAAUGACAAUAUGCCAAACUGCAUGAAUGAAGAAGCAACGGUUGAAAAUAUUGAUCUCAUGCAAAGUGAUUUGGUAAAUUGGCUUUUGUCAUAAUAGGAAUUACACAACUUUGUUGUAAUGUACUACUUGUUUUUAUUGGUUUUGGAAUUAGACUAAUUAAGGCAUGUAGAGGGGUGUAGUUUCUUUAAAGACUUAAGGAGAUAGCCUUUUUACAUAGUUUAUGUUGUCUCGAUUCUUAAAGUCUUUUAUCUCUUA